CGGCGAGUCCAGUGGCAUUACCGGCUGCACCAGUUUCCGCGUGGAGAAUAACGACCUGAUCGCUGGAUUGCCAAUUCCAGUCAAACAAGGCGGAUGCGAAACACUCUUUUAAUUUUAUUUCGUUUCAACUGAAAUUCAUCACAUUUAGUUUGCUCGAUAUUCGGAGAAUUCACAAAUCUGUUUUUAUAUCAGCGACUGUGUUGAAAGUACCGAAAAUAAAAGUUGUGAACCCAUCUAAAACAAUUUGCAAAAUAGAGAAAACCUAUCUCAAACAAUUUCGCGAAGGUCUGUACAAAUCUGGGGAAGAAUUGGUAUAGAUUCGAUGAAUUCGAAUGGGGCGACCACAUCUGCUGCAUCUGCAGGAGGCGAUGGAGCCGCUGCGCCUAGGCGACAUUCCAAGAGGCCUAAAUAUUCUAGGUUCACUCAACAAGAGCUUCCUGCAUGUAAGCCUCUUUUGACCCCAGGAUGGGUUAUCUCAGCAUUCAUGAUAGUUGGUGUUAUCUUCAUUCCUAUUGGGGUUAUUUCUCUUGUAGCGUCAAAUAGAGUUGUUGAAAUUGUGGAUCGUUAUGAGAUUGAUUGCGUGCCUGCUGAUUAUAGAGAUAGCAAGGAUCGUAGGGUUUCCUUUAUAAAAAAUGAUAGUCUUAGUAAGAGUUGCACCAGAACAUUAAUGGUACCAAAGCAUAUGAAGGCUCCAAUCUAUGUAUAUUACCAGCUGGAUAACUUCUAUCAGAAUCAUCGCCGGUAUGUUAAGAGUAGAAAUGAUCAGCAGCUGAGGAAGGGUGAUAGUUCAAAUGAGACAGACUCUUGCAAACCUGAAGCAACGACUUCAAAUGGUCUUCCAAUUGUUCCAUGUGGUCUUAUAGCUUGGAGUCUGUUCAAUGAUACAUAUAACUUCUCGAUAAGUGGUACACCACUCAAUGUGAACAAGAAGCAUAUUUCUUGGAAAAGUGACCGUAAUCAUAAAUUUGGAAAGGAUGUUUUCCCUAAGAAUUUUCAGCAAGGAAAUUUGAUUGGAGGUGGUAGUUUGGAUCCAAAUAAAUCUUUAAGUGAGCAAGAGGAUCUUAUUGUGUGGAUGCGAACUGCAGCACUUCCAACCUUUAGAAAACUGUAUGGAAAGAUUGAGGUUGACCUCAAUGCAAAUGACACUAUUAAAGUCAACCUGGCUAAUAAUUACAAUACCUACAGUUUCAGUGGUAAGAAGAAGCUGGUGCUUUCUACCACAAGUUUCCUUGGGGGGAAGAACAACUUUCUUGGGAUAGCUUACCUAACUGUUGGAGGUUUGUGCUUCUUUUUGGCGAUAGUCUUCUUCCUGGUGCAUAUUAUAAAGCCAAGGCCACUGGGCGAUCCUGCAUAUCUAUCAUGGAACAGGAACCCUCCGGAGGGACGGUCAGGCUAACCAGAUUCUUUCCAGUCAUUGCUGUAUAAGUUUUCUCAACUUGGUCAGGGUUCAGCAUCACUGUAGAUAGUCGAGCUUGUUGAAGCUGUUAUAUUUACAAACAAGGCUUGACUUGUUUAUUAAUUUGAAAUUUAAUAUUCAAUACAUACAUAACGAAAGAAUUCAUUAUACAAGGGAAGACAUUCCUCGCGGCUGCCUUCGUUGAAAUUGUAUUUGGGAAGUAUACAUUAACGUGCUUCUAGCAUUUGAACAAUGUGCAGGUGAGGAGGGCAAGCUUCCUAAGACUCAUGUAUUGUACGUCUUCUGUAGUUCUACUUCUUUGGUAUUUUGGCUUUUAGUUAAUCAAGUUUUGGCUUCAAGGGAGACAUUUUUUCCCCUGUAGAAUACAUGUCUUAUUCCUGGCCUCAUUUGUUGUAGAAAUUUAUUUUGUUUUGAAAUCACAAUAUUUAAUUUCUUGGGUUUUGAGUA